GUUAAGAUGAUAGUAUUUCUACUCAGAUGCAAAGAACAUAUGAUUAGAUUAAUUAGUGUUAUCUUCUUAAUUGUUAUCAAUUCUAUGAUUAUUAACUCUGAUUUGUGAUUUUUAAAUUUCUCUUUCUCUGUUCCAAUAAUUCAAUAUGAUAAACUCUAGGUCUUUGUUUGGAUUUGGUCGUCAACUGUCAAUCCAAUCAUCUUUUCAUCUCGGUGAUGGUUUCAAUUGUUUUCAUGGAGAUUCAAUUUCCAGGCCUUUGUCCAGUUUCACGGUGACCAAUGAGAAAUCUUUGGAUGAUGUUCCCUGUGUUUCAAGUAUUCCUUAUGUUGGGUCGAUUCUUCAUUACAUUGAAGCUUUUGGUGGUCAUAAUCCAGCAAAGAUUCAUGAAUUAUCUGAGAAAAGGUUUCAUCAGUUUGGAUCUAUUUACAAGGAGGACAUGAGACUUUUACGUCCCGGUGGUAAAUUCAUGGUCUGGUUGAACGAUGCUAAUGAUGUGGAAAAGGUUUUUCGAUCCGGUGGUAAAUAUCCUUUGAGAGGAGGUUUUGAAUCUCUUACUGUUUAUCGAAAAACUCGACCUGAUGUUUACAAAGCUCUUGGUUUGCCGAUUCUUUCUGGUCCAGAGUGGCAGUCACUUCGUUCAAAAGUACAACCGGUCCUAUUAUUACCCAAGGUUAUGAAUGCUUAUGCUAAAUCAUUGAGCUCGAUUGCCGAUGAAAUGAUUGGUGUGAUACGUGAUUUACGAGACAAUCAAACAAUGGAGAUUGAAGAUUUGACUGUUGAAUUGUAUCGAUACACAUUAGAGUCAAUAGCUUUUAUCGGUUUGGAUAAACGACUAAAUUGUCUAAGUGAUUAUGGUCCCACUCAGAGGGAAAUUGUCGCCGCUGUAAAAGAAAUGUUUCAUUUGGAAGCUAAGCUAAACGAUUCUGCUCUCUGGAGAAUCGUUGGUCGGCCUAUCGGUUCAAAAUGGGCUAGAUUCUUUGAGAUAAAUGAUCAUUUCACUAAAAUGGUUUUCGAUUAUGUCAGCGAAAAGUUGAAACAAAUUCUCGCCAAUCCAAUUAAACAAGAAGACGAAGAUCGAAGUGUCCUAGAACUAUUUCUUACUCGACCCAAUUGUACACCGGAAGAUGCGGUCACCAUGGUCAUGGAUAUGUUUUUUGCUGGAAUCGAUACCACAGCUCAUUAUAUUGUUUUCACCCUUCACUAUUUAGCCAACAAUCCAGAAAUUCAGGAGAGAGUUUAUCAUGAGAUUAAUUCAUUAUCAAAUGGAACUGGAAAUCUUGAUUCGGAUGGAUUAGCACAAUUAACUCUAUUAAAAGCUUGCCUCAAAGAGACCUCACGAUUAACUCCAGUUACUCCAAUGUCCAUGAGAAUUAAUCAAGAGCCGAUUAACUUAUCUGGUUAUUCAAUUUCUCCUUCAUGUUUCAUGGUUUUUAAUCACUAUGUUAUGGGCCGUCGACCUGAUUAUUUCGAUGAACCAAUGAGAUUUAAUCCUGAUCGAUGGAUUCGUGAAAGUCCAGGCGAAAAUAAAUAUCAUCCUUUUGCAAUUUUACCUUUCGGGUUUGGAGUCCGAAUGUGUGUUGGCCGGCGAAUAGCUGAAAUCGAAACUUUGAUUCUAUUAUGUAAAAUUAUAACCAAUUUCAAAGUGACAGCGAAAAGAAUUGAAUUACCAACAUCGAUGAACAUUAUUUCCUAUCCUGACAAUCCAAUGACUUUCACAUUCAACGAGCGCCAAUCUAACAAUUGAUCAACAGUUUGUGAUCAAAAGAUUUUAUCAAAAUAUAUUCUUUAAAUUCUGAAAAUUCCACCAACUAAACGCUGAUUGUCUAUGAUUAUCAUUCUCCUUCCCAACUUUUAUGAUCAUUCAUGAUCUUUUCUCUGAACUUUCAUGAAGAAAAAAGUUAAUAUUCCGCCAAUAAUAAA